AUGUUUAACAAGGAACCGUCAAUCGGCCGUGCCACACAGUCAAGUGAAGCCCAAGAGAGGACAAACAACGAUGGUAAAUUAGCAAACAAGCGGAGCCAAAACAGGAGAAGUGGUGCUGAUGGCGCGAAGACGGGGAGGACAACCGUGUCUCUCACACAGCCUGAAAUUGGGUCUCAAGCUCAAGAUGAGCAACAAAUCGAGCAGAUGGAGGAUUCCGUUGGUGAUAGGGUUGCAGGAGAGAAGCGCAAGCGGUCAGUGUCCACCGUACUAGAUGAAGGAUUGCUUAGUCCUGGUUGGCAGCCACCAGCGAAACAGCUGAAGCUCGAUCAGAGUCAGGCUAAUGCAUUAAUGGAAGAGACGAAGGAGGCUCCAGCCGGAGAAGGAAGACAAGAAAUCCUUAGCACACUUGAAGAUGUUGUCGAAGAGAACAAGAGGAAGGACGUUAAGAUGCAUUUUAGGUCUGAGCCUGAGCCUUGGUCUUCACAGCCUUUGACCUGGCUCACGUAUAAUCGCAACGCUGCACCUAUCCGAAAUCCGAAUCUAGGACGAGUCUUGACUGAUGAGGAGGUACAAACGCGAAAGUUGGGAGAUCAGACGAAAGAGUCACCGAAGGACUGA